CGGCAACAUGCCCCGCCCCCCAGGUCACCUGUGUUUAACGUCGUUUGAGCAGCAGCAAGCAAGCUGUGUUAUUGCUGCCCUGCGCACAGAUUAUACCAGAGAGACUUGGCUGCUAUAGUUCAACUCUAGUGGAUAGCAGCUGUGCAGUAGAUAUCCCAACCUGCAGCCAUGGGCCUGGAGAGCGUGAAGGACAACCAAACUGAAUCUCAGCCUCUAGUCAGCGUCAGAGGGUAAGUGCAAGACGACAAGCCUAGCUAGCUGAUAUGUACACUAUACGAACCUCUCUAAUCCCAAACACCAAAUCGGACAGAAGUGUCUACAUAGUGAGGUGUUCUUGUUUUGAAGAUUCUUUCCUCCUGUUGUAGUGGAUUACUCAGUAUUGCUCAUUGCUACGUAAUAAACUCCAGGAGACAGAGAAGGAGUACAAGCAGAGGAUGGGUGAUGGGGUGUGUCCUCCUGGCUCUUCUCCUGGGGAUAGCUGGCGGUCUGGGGGUGGGGCUAGGGGUAGGCCUGGGCAGGAAGAGCAGCAGUAGCAGCAGUAGCUCUACCGAAAGACUGGUGGAUGGGAUCAAGACCAGCAACCUUAUGACACACCUCAGAGAGCUCCAAUCGAUUGCUGACCAGACUACCCAACACAGUCGUGCAGUUCAGUAUGGAUACAACCAGUCUGCAGAGUAUGUGAUUAAGGUUCUGGAAGAAAACGGUUAUGAGCCAGAGAAACAACACUUUACAGUCCCAGUGUAUAGUCAGGUGAAUCCUUCUACUUUCACUGCCUCAGUCACUGGUGUUGACUUUGACUGGAUCUUCCUUGAGGGAGCAGAGUAUGCAUUGAUGACAUAUUCAGGGAGUGGACAGGUCACUAAUGGUAGUCUCAUCACUGUUGAA